AUGCCAAAACCAAACCUGAAGGAAAGGGGCAAACAACAACCUCACGAGGACACCACUCUGGAAGACCCUGGAGGCUCCAUUUCCUUGUCCGAUAUAAUGAACGAAAUCAAAAUAUUCCGGACGGAAACCACGGAAAACUUUGAAACCGCAAAGAAAGACAUUAAAGGAAUUAAAGAAGAAAUCGGUCAAUUAAAUCUACGAGUCGGUACAGCAGAGGAACGGAUCGCGGAAACUGAAAGCCGUGAUAUUGAAUUGACCAAAGUUCUCAUCCAAGUAUUACGCAAACAAAAACUACUCGAGGAAAAGUGCCAAGAUCUAGAGAGCCGAUCGCGCAGGAAGAACCUUCGGAUUUACUCAGUUCCUGAGAAAUCAGAAGGAAAUAAUAUGGUCAAAUUCAUUUACAAAUUCCUGAACAAAAGGCUGGGAAUCACUGAAGUUCGCAUUGAAAGAGCGCACAGAGCCGCCCCUUUGGUGACUGACGGAGGCGCCGACAGGCGGCCCGGAACACCGAAGCGACCUGGAUCAAUCGUGGUCCGUUUUCAGAGUUACGUGGAGAAGCAAAGGGUGCUCCAGGCCGCAUGGACCAAAAAGGACAUACGAAUCAAGGACAGCAGGAUCUUCUUCGACGAGGACUUCUCAGCGCAGGACCCCCCGACUGCAGCAGAGGGGUUGCGUGAGUUUGGGAUAACAAUGGAAAGUUCCCCUAAAGAGCCGGAUUUGGAGGCUACCCUGCAGGCGGCAGGCUGGGAGAGCCCCCGCAGAGGCAGAGGAGGACGCGCAGAUGAGCUGACCUCAAGCCUAAAUACACUGCUUUGUUUGCCCACAACUCAAGUGGACACUGUCGUAACCUAA